AUGGACUCAUACAACAAAAUAAACAAAAAUGAAUUAGAGACAGGUGCAAGCAAGUACUACAGAAAGAUGCACAAUGCUGCAGAACAAGACUUCACAAACAUGGAAGAUCUUUUUUCUAAGUUCCCAAAACCAGAUUUUUCGCAGAUGGAUCUAAUUAUUCCAACUAACUUUGAAGAGUUCAGGCAGAUAAUGCAUGAGGGUGUUGAAAAUGGUUCUAUUACCAUGCGAGAGAACAUGUCAGAAGAAGAAAUGAAGGAUCUUUGGAGGUUUGCAAGUUCUAACUUUGAGAAUAGCAUGUACAAUAUGGCAACACAAACAAUCCAAGAAGAAGUGUCUAUGGACAGUGAGUUUGGAAGGAAAUUACAGAGAUAUAUGACUUAUGACCUGGAGAACCAUAAAACCCAAGCAGUAGCGGAAAUACAAGAAUACAUUAGACAAAGCAAAGAAUACUUGCAAAAGUUAUUUUUCCUGGCAGUUACAAAUGCAAGAGAAAAUUUACUUGUCCCAGUUAACUUCAAUUCUCUUCUGGUGUAUGAAGUUAGGCCAAAUAAUGCACAAGAAAGUGGAUUAUUUAAAAUCUUCAAAAAUCAGCGCAUGAAGAAAUAUGCAAAGGUGUUAGGAAUCUCUCUAUUGGUUAUUUGCCUUAUAGUGCUAUGUGUGGUUUUGGCUACGCGCAAAGCACACAUUUUAAAUCACUUUAAAGCGUGA